UCACAGUCUAGCUUGUACUGUGCUUUUUGGUAAAUUUUUGUCAAAUGUAAAAACAUAGAAUUUCAAUUCAAAGCAUUGGAAUUUUUUUCUAAUUUUCUAUAAAAACGUAGGAAAAACGAGCAAAAAACGCAUAAAAAAAUAUAACAAAGUAAAUAUAUAUAUAUUUCGCACGCUUUACACACGCAAUUAAGAUAUAUUUGAGUUAACGGUCAGAUGGGCAGGGAAACAGCGAGCACGCCCGCUAAAAAUUGCGAAACGAACGUGCGCACAGUCAGCACGCCGCUCAACUUGCCUCUCUUCUUAUCAGGCAGAACGCGUUUUAGAGAAGACACUUGGCGCAAGGUGCCCAAUUAUAUUGAGAAGAAGAAGCAUUUCUAUGCCAAACACUGCAAUGAAGCAAAGAAAGUAGAAACAAGAGAUGAGCGAGAUUUGAAAAACAUGAUUGGCGUCAACGGCGCACGACCCGAACCCUGUACCAAUUUGCAUAUAACAAAAAUAACACGCGAAUUGGCUGAAGACAAAGCUUGGAAUCUACCACCGAACAUAUAUGACACGCAGAAGCAGCCAUACGACAAGAAACGCGGUCAUCUCGGCUCCUACUGGCGCAAGGAGCCGAAAAAGGUCACUAACAUAUUCGAUCCGACUUCAGUCGAAUUGGCACGUGCGCAAGUUAAAAAAGGACAAUGGAAGUUCUAUGAUUUGCCGACAAAUGCAGAUUGGCUGGCUGCGCCCUCAAACCGGCACAAGGGUGUCUUCUUAACGAAUGCGCGCGAUAGACGUGCCACAGCGCGUUGCAUGAUAAACGAACCAUCAUUGGUGUACCGCGAUCCGGCCGAACCCUCAGCAGCGCACUACAAUCCGCUGCUGUAUCAGCUCGCCUAUAAUGUUUCGCCACCCAUUUACGAACCCGCACCGAAUCCCCAUCUAUUUCUGCGUCGCACUUCUGUGCCGGACAAAUGUUUGCCGCUGAUACGUCGUCACCUAAGCUUCGAGCCGGCGGUGGGACGCUAUGAGAUACGCUUCCCUAUGCGUUGUGCUUGUACGCGCAAAAUUUUGACUCCCGGCUUGCGUUUGAUUGUCGAUCGUGAGAAACGCUUCAAAUUUCGUCGCUUGCCAUAUAAGAAACUCAAAACACGUAAACUAUGUUCACCUGAUUGGGGGCAUGUGAAGGGGCGCGGUUUUCGUCGACUCUUUCGCCUUUCGAAGGCGUUAAAUAAAACGCUGGGCAGAGAAAGGGCAAGAGACAAGGCCAAAGAGAAAGGCAAGGACAAGACUGAGAAAGUGGGCAAGCAGUUUGUGCUCUAUCCAGAUUCGAAAUAUAUAAAUAUGAUCAAUUCACCGCGCAAAGAACUCAUAUCGGUGCAUUUGGGCGGUACACCGAAAGCGCCCGUUAGAAUACGCUUCAAUUGUAUACUUAAGCGUGUGACGCGUCGUCAAUUGCGUAAUAAUAAGAAAAUUGUAUUCAACAGCGGCAGCGAACGAUUUCCAGAGCUCGAAAUACGUCCGGUACAAUUUACGGUCAAACAAUUGGAGAAUUUAAAGAAUACAUUACCAGUCGAACGUCAACUGCGCGAUUAUCCGAUAACGAAGAAACCAUUGUCGGAAAUCAGUUCGCAUUUGUAUGACAUGCCCGCACAUAUGCGUCCGGCUUAUGAGCCGACUUUGCGUAAACGGCUCUUCAAAUUUAAACCUUUGCCGGAACCGAAAGUGCUUGUGUCGGAAAAACUAUUGCGCUCCAGUUCGCCGGAGGUACAAUUUUUCUACAAUAAACCAAUAGUGGCUGAAAACUUCAUGAAAGAUCGUAGGAAAACUGAAUCUUCACAACAGUACUCAACUGAAAUUAGUGGCGAGGAUAGCACAAAUGCCGCUGUGGCUUCUACAACAGAGUUGCCUACAGGAGAGGUUGCUACAGCAGAGGCUUAGUUAUGUUUAGGAAGUUGUGUCUUUAACAUUUUAUUUGUAAUUCUUUAGCGUGUAUAUCCAAUAAAUUCGAGUGUUUAUUUUUUUGUAACUCAAA